AAAACUUAAAGUUUACUCUCUAUUUUCUUCUCCAACAAAAUAAUUUGCUAGAGAAUCCAUUUCCAAGAUUAUCGUUAAGGUUGGAUUAGCAACCAUUUAAUUCUUUGCAAGGGCGGUUUCUCAUGAAACCGCUCUUUGCAUUGAAUAAUACUAAUUAGUUCUACCAAUUUUCUUGAUCAUUUGAUUUUCUAAUUGGUUGAUUAAUCGAUUAAAUUUCAUAUAUUUCUGAGUAGUUUUGAUUUGAUCAUUUCAUUUCAUAUACUAUUUUUGUAGCAAUUAGUCCAAAAAUUGUCAAACUGGAGAAUUUUGAUAGGUGUAUGCAUAAAAAAAGAUUAUCAAUUUCAUAUUUUGAAUUGGGUCAGUGUGUCCAAUUCAAGAUUCCAAAUCUAGAUUGUUGUUAUUGUUCGUAUAGUUCCGGUAAUCGGAAAAAGAGACGGAAAUGGCUGGAAUUCGCCCCGGUGAAUGGGUGAAAGGCAAAGUUAUUGGAUCAGGAUCACACGGCAAUGUUCAUUUAGCAAUGGAAAAGUCUACUGGAGAACUAUUUACCGUUAAAUAUUCACAAUUUAAAGAGGCAAAUCGUUCUCUACACGACGAGGCUAAUUUUCUUGAGAGUGUCGAUUCGCCUCAUGUGGUUCGAUAUCUUGGAAGAAAUGGAUCAUUAAACCGGGUAAAUACGUCGAGUAUUUUUAUGGAGUAUGUUUCCGGAGGAAGUUUAUCUGAUAUUUUGCAAAAAUUCGGCGGAAAACUUGAUGAACAAGUUAUUCGUUUGUAUACUAAAGAGAUUCUAUGUGGUUUGAAGUAUAUUCAUGAGCAAGGAAUUGUGCAUUGUGAUAUUAAAUGUAAGAAUUUGCUUUUGGGCUCAUCAGGAAACGUAAAAUUGGCGGAUUUCGGAUGUGCAAAAAGGAUAAAAAAUACGGAAAAUAACGAAAAAUUGGCGAAUUCCUGCCAGGAUAUCGGAGGAACACCAUUGUGGAUGGCUCCGGAAGUUCUGAGAAAAGAAGGACUAUAUUUUGCUUCGGAUAUAUGGUCACUAGGAUGUACGGUUAUUGAAAUGGCUACCGGGAAGAAUCCAUGGUCUGGUCAGGUUUCUGAUCCAAUGGCUACGGUUUUAAAGAUUGCGUGUAGUGACGAGAAACCGGAGUUUCCGACGGAUUUUUCAGAAGAGGGUUUGGAUUUUUUGGAUAAAUGCUUGGAUAGGAAUCCUGACAGGAGGUGGACAGCAGUAGAAUUGCUUGAUCAUCCAUUUGUUUGUCAGAAAUUGCACAAGAAAAUUGCCACGUCACCAUCUAGUGUUUUCGACAUUGGAAUAUCGGAGAUUGGUUACGAUUCUGAUGAACUAGAAAGUCCCUUUCGGGAUGAUUUCCGGGGUAGAAAUCCCUUUUCAUCGAGGCAUUAUUUUGCUGAGUCUGAUUUUUGUUCAUCAGAAGAGUGGAUUACUGUUAGAUCAGUUUGAAGAUUAUGUGUAGAGAAAUUGUUUUUAAUGUAUAGCAAAUGUAAUAAGAAUGAUAAGCAUUUUUUGUGGAAUAAAUAGAGACAUUUUUCUAAUUGUAAA